CGAAGGACUACACUUCAAAGAUUGUUUACAAGGUGAAACAGGUAUAACGCACUUAUCAGACCGUCUCAUGCAGCAGAUGUUUCAGCCAAAUUAACUGGAAAUGCUACAUUUGGAUUAUCAUAAGUAAGGUUGGAAAUUAACGGGGGCUUGGGGCAAAAAUGCCUCCAAAAAUUCAUUAAAAAAAACAAACAAAAAAACACACCAUUAUGAAUGCCCGUGCGCAUACUUUCACUUUUGAAGUAGCGGCAGUUGCUUGAAUGGUGGGUGUGUUCGUUAUUAUUCUUAAUGAAAAACGCAACAACAAAACAUUUACAUGCGCAUUUACAUUUCGCUUUUCAAUCAAAUGUUCAUCCAUCAUCUUGUCAUUCAGAAAAGUGAGGCGAAAUGGGUGAAGUGAGGUGAAAUCUGACUCCUGCUGCUGAUCUGUGCUGCGACUCUCGUUCGGCUCACUGAAUAGAGCAGAUGCGUUCUGUUUUAACUGUAGUGUCUAAUCUCUAACUGAACUAAAUGAUUAUUAUUACUGUAAAAAAAUCAAAACGACAUUGGGGGCGGUGACGCGGUCAUGGUGGGCAAAUGAUAUAACCAAUGUUGCUGCUGAACACCAGUAACACCGUCUAUCGCAGCUGUUUCUCUGAGUAUUGGCAUGAUUGCAAACCGGUAGGUGGUGUCAAGUCUUGGGCUAGAGCUCCGUCGAGCUGAUUCCUAAUUGUUUGUUUUUGCCUCGUAAAAUCUAACUUAUAAUCUAUCACUCUUUCUUUUUCGGUGAGGGAACACAUCCCCAACAUUAUUUUAUAUAAAAAACAUUUGGAUUACCUUGAUAUCGCUAGUUUUAUCCGACUUCCCGAACUUUCGCUACUAGCUUUAGCCCGUUAGCAUUAGCGGCGUGCCACGCCCACGCUACGCUAGCGUUUGUACUCUUCUCUCUCACAAUAUUAUUGUUUCAUCUACUCUAAUGGCGAGUGUAUUGGAUGUUUCUCUACCUUUAUGUGCAGGUGAGGACACGUUUGAGCUGCAUGCGGUGCAGUUGGAACUGCAGGCCGUGGAGCGGCAGAUCCGGAUCCUUCUCGAGAAGCAGGCCGAGUUACGCGAGCGGCAGACAGCGCUGGAAACUUCUCGCGCUGACGCUCACCAACCCUCGGUAAGUUUGCAGCGCGAUUUUAACACUCCUGCUUCCUCUACGCCGUGUGUUUCUCUGCACAGGGCACCAAGAACGCGUUCAUCCCAGCCCUCGUUCACUCCGGCGCCGUCACACCAGGGACCUUGGGUGCUUCAGCAGCGGAAGACGCGAGCCAGGCCUCGGACCAGGACCUCUCCUCCACCGCCCCCGGUCUUCGACGUCUCGACACGGAACCGCUUCUCCCCUCUUCGCGAGGCAGAACGCGACGCCGUGGUCAUCGGAGACUCCAUCGUCCGCCACGUCCACGCUACCACAGCCAAAGGUAAGGUGCGCAGUCACUGUUUUCCUGGUGCUCGUGUUCUCGAUGUCUCUGUGCAGAUUCCCGCGAUCCUCAACGGUGCCGAGACCAUCGGAGCUGUAGUGCUGCACGCGGGGGUGAACGACACCAGGCUGCGGCAGACGGAGGUGCUGAAGCAGGACUUCAGAAGCCUGAUCGAGACGGUACGAGCCACAUCGCCCGCGACGAAGAUCAUUGUGUCCGGACCGCUUCCGACGUACCGACGAGGACAUGAAAGGUUCAGUAGAUUAUUUGCUUUAAAUGAAUGGUUGAUGUCUUGGUGUAAUGAACAGAAGCUGCUCUUUGUAAAUAAUUGGAAUCUUUUCUGGGAGCGUCCUAGGCUCUUCCGUGCUGAUGGCCUGCAUCCCAGCAGCAUCGGAGCUGAUCUUCUGUCAGAGAACAUCUCCAAGACGCUUCGCACCAUAUGACUAGUGACUAGAGAGGACUUCAGCUUCAGUUUGGAUCCAGC